AUGGCAGACCAUAUGAUGGCCAUGAACCACGGGCGCUUCCCCGACGGUACCAACGGGCUGCACCACCACCCUGCCCACCGCAUGGGCAUGGGGCAGUUCCCGAGCCCGCACCACCACCAGCAGCAGCAGCAGCAGCCGCAGCCGCAGCCCCAGCACGCCUUCAACGCCCUCAUGGGCGAGCACAUACACUACGGCGCGGGCGGCAUGAGCGCCGCGGGCGGCGGCAUCCGGCACGCGAUGGGGCCGGGGACUGUGAACGGAGGGCACCCCGCGAGCGCGCUGGCCCCCGCGGCCCGGUUCAACAACUCGCAGUUCCUGGGCCCCCCGGUGGCCAGCCAGGGAGGCUCCCUGCCGGCCAGCAUGCAGCUGCAGAAGCUCAACAACCAGUAUUUCAACCACCACCCCUACCCCCACAACCACUACAUGCCGGAUUUGCACUCUGCUGCCGCCGCCGCCGCCGCGGCCGCUGCAGGCCACCAGAUGAACGGGACAAGCCAGCACUUCCGAGAUUGCACCCCCAAGCACAGCGGCGGCGGCAGCACCACCCCGGGCUCGGGGGGCAGCAGCACCCCUGGCGGCUCGGGCGGCACCUCGGGCGGCGCGGGCAGCGGCGGCAAUAGCGGCGGCAAUAGCGGCGGCGGCGGCAGCUCCAUGCCCGCCUCCGUGGCCCACGUCCCCGCUGCAAUGCUGCCGCCCAAUGUCAUAGACACUGAUUUCAUCGACGAGGAAGUGCUCAUGUCCUUAGUGAUAGAGAUGGGCUUGGACCGCAUCAAGGAGCUGCCUGAACUCUGGCUGGGGCAGAAUGAAUUCGAUUUCAUGACGGACUUCGUAUGCAAACAGCAGCCCAGUCGAGUCAGCUGUUGA